ACUUAACAACGAACAUACUUAAGUUUACAAUAAAGACACUUAGAUUUCAUUGUAAGGUAGUUAGUGCAUUGUUACUUAAAAAUACUUACCUAUAAUAUUUUUUAAAAAUAAAAUUGUACUAAUUGCUAAACAAUAAUACAAAUUAUUUUUCGCGAUCAAAUUCGAUCAAAAAUCUGUGAUAUAAAAAAAUUAAAAAAAUUUUUUUUUAAUGUGUUAAUGAGAUAUUAAAGUGAAUUUUUCAUUGAAAAAUUUGUGUUGCAGAUAUGUUAAACAGUACAGCUGAUAGUUUUCAAACUGUAAACAACAAUAUGUCUGGUUUAGCGUAUGUAAUGGAUUACUACAGAUAUACGAUAGAAACUAAAGGUGAUCCAAGAACGGCAAAUUGGCUGUUAAUGAGUUCACCAGCACCCCUACUAACAAUAAUUGCCAGUUAUAUAUAUUUUUGUGUGUCGGCCGGCCCUAGAUAUAUGAAAGACAAAAAACCAUAUAAAUUAAAAGAAGUCUUAUUAAUUUAUAAUGUAAUUCAAGUUGCAAUGAGUGUAUUUUUGGUAUACGAGGGUUUAGUAGCCGGGUGGUGGGGUGAAUAUAAUUGGAAAUGUCAACCGGUGGAUUAUUCAAUGGAUCCUAAACCACUUCGGAUGGCGGGUGGUGUAUGGUGGUACUUCUUCUGUAAAAUAAUUGAACUACUGGAUACAGUUUUCUUCGUUUUGCGAAAGAAAAUGAAUCAAGUUUCAUUUUUACAUCUGUACCAUCACUCAAUGAUGCCAGUUUGUGGAUGGAUUGGUGUUAGAUUUUUAGCUGGUGGACAUGGUACACUUCUUGGUCUCAUUAAUUCAUUUAUUCAUAUAAUUAUGUACAGUUAUUAUUUGGUUGCUGGUUUAGGCCCACAAUAUCAAAAAUAUCUAUGGUGGAAAAGAUAUUUAACUUUAAUGCAAAUGAUUCAAUUUUGUAUAAUAUUUGUGCAUACGGGACAAGUUUUAUUCCGUGAUUGUGAUUAUCCAAAACCAAUUGCUGCCUUGUUAUCAACACAAGCUCUAGUGUUCCUAUAUAUGUUUGGAUCGUUUUAUUAUCACGCUUAUGUCAAGAAAUCACCAUCAAAUUCUUCAAAAACAUCAACAGCAGUGAAUAACAACAAAACAGAAAAAAUACAAUAAAUUUAAUUUAAGUUUAAUGAUGGACAUUUGAUAAAUUAAUUUAAUGACUUUUAAAAAAAUAAUUUCUUGUUUAAAAUUAAGUAUUUUAUGUACAGCUUGCCUACAAAAACACUGGAUAUAGGAAUGUAGUGUUGGGUCGAAGAGUGUUGUAUUGAAUAUUUGAAUUUCAUUGUGGAAAGUUAUUUUCUGUUGUUCAGACUGACUCUUUUGCACCAAGAUUCUAGGAUUAAUCAAUGUUUAAUGUCUUAGAAUCAAAGCAUCCUGGAUCAAAGACAAAAUUAAAAAAUCUGACAAAUCUCGAAAUCUUGAAAAAAAAACUUUGUUAUGGUCAAUUUCAUGGACGAGUGUUGAACUUGUACCUAUUCGUUAAAUUUGAUCUCCGACUCUCUUACUUUACCACAGUAUACCUAUUUCGAAAAAUCUAGGCAGAUAUAUCAGAUUUUUUAAAAAAAUUUUCUUUGAUAUGAAGUUAGUUCCAUGAUAUUGCGGAAACUAUGGUUCAAAUAUGAAGGAAAACCAAUCAAAAAACACUUUUAUGAAGGAAUUUAUACAUUGUCUAGAGAGCACUAGAUACUUAUUUGGUUAUCAAUCUCGCCUAAUUUUAUAUUUUUAUAUGAAGAAAAUGCUAAAUCUAAUUGGUUUACUCAGUGUUUUUGUACAGUGCUAUGUAUAAUACUGAGAAAUUUUAAACGAGUGAAGUUUUUGAAACACAUUCGAAACCAUCCGAUCUAUAUUAAAAUGGAUUGAUUUGUUUGGUGUUGUUUUAUGAUUUCAAUGUUUUAAAAUGACUCUGUACACAAUUUU